AUGCAAUCAAGUGCUUCUGGAGACGUGAGCUCGGCUUCAAUAGAACGUCUGAAAAGUGAUGCUAAACUGAUGGUGGUCAUUAAGGCUGUUGACAUGGAAGAAGAAAUGCAGCAAGAUGCAGUGCAUACAGCUGUGCAAGCUAUGGAGAAAUUUACAGUUGAAAAGGACAUUGCUGCAUUUGUAAAAAGAGAGUUUGACAAAAAAUACUCUCCCACUUGGCAUUGUAUCGUUGGUCGAAAUUUUGGUUCCUAUGUGACACAUGAAUCUCAUAGAUUUGUUUAUUUCUACUUGGGAACAAUUGCGUUUCUGUUAUUCAAGUCUGGUUGA